UUUCAUCCAUAUCCAGCGGUUAAUCGGAUUAUAACCCGCUAGAACCGAUUGCUUUCUUUUGCAAGUGACCCGAAUGAUCUAUUAUUGACGGUAUCGGUUUGCUAAACGGUAAACGCGUUUAACAUGACCCGACGCAGUUACAUGCCAAACCCCACUUGAGAUUUUGGAGGAAUCCAUCAAUCCAAUGUCCCUCGCGGCAUUACCAGCCCGCCUAGGCCUCUAGUUCAACCUCAAAAAAGAGUAACGGACAGAAGAGGAAAGGGUGACAAUGGAGGAUUUGAAGAGGAGGAAGCUCGACGAGGCGGGCAACGGGCAGCUUCUUUCUGUGCCGUCGGCAGAACAGCUGCAAGGGCUUCUUGACCCCCUAAGGAAAGACCAACUGUUCGAUCUCCUCGUCAAGCUGCAUGGUGAGAUAGAAGAAGGCUCUGUUGCUUAUGACAAGGAAACAAACAAAUCAUGUGGUUUUGGUUUUGUUACAUACAAGACAGUGGAGGCUGCAAGGAAGGCCAUAGAGGAUCCAAACAAGAUCCUUGGGGUAAGGGGAGGAACCUUACUGUCAAGCUGGCUGACACCCAAAACAGAGGAACCUUGUUCUUCUGCAACCCUUUCCCAGUGUUUCAUGGUUGAGAUUUGUGUAUCUGGGGAGAGAUAAAUGCUGGGGUCUGUUACAGAAGACAAGGGUAAAGAAUUACAAAUGUUCUAGAGGAAUUUUUAGUGGGCUAGGAAACAUAAGUUCUGAUUUUGAAAGUGUAUUUAAUAGUAUUAUUCAGUGAAACAUUGUUGUGGGUUUCUUGUAAUUUAAUUGAAGAGUACCGUCC